UGCUGUUCUGUUCAGCACUAGGCUACUGCGCUGCGCGCAUCACUGUUAAUAACCUUCUCAUCCCCUCAUCAUCACCACCAGCAUCACGACCCUAUACUGGAUGUGCUAAAACCAAAGAGCGUGUUGCUGUAUAUGGGACUUUGUUUUGGAUUAUUGGGAUAUUGUUUGGAUCUAUACAACAUAAAUAAAGAUACGGGAAGUUCUGCAAGGCCUGAAACUGGACUAGAACAUACAGCACAGUGCCACGGGGCGUGGCUACGGAUCUGAAGCCAAGAUGGUCGCCGUCUGUUUUAAUCCUUGCAGUCGCCUCAAAGGAAAAUCAUCGGAUGGGCCUCUGUAUCACUGACAGAACACACUGAGGACCAGCAUUGUCGAUCCUUAGGUAGGAAGACGGAUAUUUACUCCUUUUCCUCUCUUCUCGGAUUGGAAGACUGGGAUUCGACAGGAGGAUUUUCCUCCUUUAAAUAGCCUCUGGUCUAUAUCAAAAGGAUAUUGCGUCAUCUUCUUAAAUAAAACAUUGCACGCUUGGGACAUACAGUACAUGAAAUAUAUCAGUCUUUGAAACAAAAAACACACCUGAUGCUAUUGACAAUCUAAGGAUCUCUCCCUCUAACAUCUAACCCCAACCGGCACAGUCUACCCUACGUAUUUUUUCUAUAAUGCAUCCCUUUAGUCUCUCCCAGCGUGUUCUCCUGCUGCUCAGUACUCUGUUGGGCCUGUGCCAGGGUCUGGAGUUCACAGGCUCCGAGGGUCAGUGGGCUCGGUAUGUCCGCUGGGACGCCAGCACCAGAAGUGAGCUCACCUUCCAGUUCAAGACAGCCGCGUCCGAUGCCCUGAUCCUCUACUUUGACGAUGGCGGCUACUGCGACUUCCUGCUCCUCACGGUAACGGACGGGAAGCUCCAGCUCUGCUUCAGUGUCGACUGCGCCGAGACCACGGUCACCUCUGAGAAAUCGGUCAACGACAGCCGCUGGCAUUUUGCUACAGUCAGCCGACACAACCUCAGAACGGUCCUAGCCCUGGACGGGCAGACCAAGGCGGACGAGGUUCGACCACAGCGCCAGUUCAUGAAGAUCGUCAGCGACCUCUUCCUCGGAGGUGUACCCGGAGACAUCAGGACCUCGGCAAUCACCCUGCCGACGGUUAGAGAGCUGCCACCGUUCAAAGGAGUUAUCACAGACCUGAAUUACGGGAACAAGGUUCCCACGCUGAUCAACAGUCAGAAGGUGCGUCUGGAGAUGAUGGGUCUCUGUACAGAGAACCCAUGUGAGAACGGAGGCCACUGCUCCAUGGCUGAUGGAGAACCGUACUGUGACUGCUCCAGAACUGGAUAUACCGGACGGACCUGCGGUGAAGCAGCCGUUCAGAGGAAACCAGGCUUAGCACAUCUGAAGGCAUCUGAGUCAGGUAGAAACAAAGCGAGAGAAGAGAACGUGGCGACGUUCCGUGGUUCGGAGUACUUCUGCUACGACCUGUCCCAGAACCCCAUCCAGUCGUCCAGCGAUGAGAUCACAUUGUCCUUCAAGACGUGGCAGAGGAACGGUCUCUUACUCCACACGGGGAAGUCGGCUGACUACGUCAACCUGGCCCUAAAGGACGGAGCGGUGAGCCUGGUCAUCAACCUGGGCUCGGGCGCCUUCGAGGCCAUCGUGGAGCCCGUCAACGGGAAGUUCAACGACAACGGCUGGCACGACAUCAAGGUCACACGCAACCUCAGACAGGUGACUAUCUCCGUGGAUGGGAUCCUCACCACGACAGGGUAUACCCAGGAAGACUACACCAUGCUGGGGUCUGAUGACUUCUUCUACGUGGGUGGGAGUCCUAGUACGGCUGAUCUACCUGGUUCUCCCGUCAGCAACAACUUCAUGGGCUGCCUGAAAGAGGUGGUCUACAAGAAUAAUGACAUCCGUCUAGAGCUCUCCCGUCUGGCCCGCAUCGUAGACCCCAAGAUGAAGCUCCAGGGUGACGUGGUGUUUAAGUGUGAGAACGUGGCCACCCUGGACCCUAUCAACUUCGAGAGCCCCGACUCCUACCUCAGCCUCCCCAAGUGGAACACCAAGAGAAUGGGUUCUAUCUCCUUCGACUUCAGGACCUCAGAGCCCAACGGACUCAUCCUGUUCACCCACGGCAAGGCCCAGGACCGGCGGGACGCAGCAGGGAAGAAGAACUACAAAGUAGACUUCUUUGCUGUAGAGCUGCUGGAUGGAGGACUGUACCUGCUGCUGGACAUGGGCUCAGGCACCAUCAAGGUCAAAGCCACCCAGAACAAGGUCAAUGAUGGAGCCUGGCACCACGUGGACAUUCAGAGGGAUGGACGUUCAGGCAUCAUCUCAGUGGACAACCGUCGUACUCCGUUCACGGCCAGCGGAGAGAACGAGAUCUUAGACCUGGAGGGAGACCUCUACCUGGGUGGUCUCCCUGACAACCGCGUAGGCCUGGUGUUACCUACCGAACUGUGGACGGCCAUGUUGAACUACGGCUAUGUGGGCUGCAUCCGGGACCUCUUCAUCGACGGACGCUCCAAAAACAUAAGGGCCAUCUCCGAGUCUCAGAACACCACCGGCAUCAGGCCCACCUGCAGUAAAGUCACGGGGAAACAGUGUGAUAGCAAUCCCUGUAAGAACAACGGAGUCUGUAAGGAAGGGUGGAACCGGUUUAUCUGCGACUGCACCGGGACUGGGUUCUGGGCCGGCACGUGUGAGAGAGAGGCGUCCAUCCUGAGCUACGACGGCAGCAUGUAUAUGAAAGUGGUGAUGCCAAGCGUGAUGCACACUGAGGCAGAGGACGUCUCCCUCCGCUUCAAGUCCCAGCAUGCAUUCGGGCUCCUAAUGGCCACUAACUCACGGGACUCCGCUGACACACUCCGUCUCGAGCUGGACAGCGGCCGCGUCAAACUCACGAUCAACCUAGACUGUGUCAGGAUAAACUGUAACACCAGCAAGGGACCAGAGAUUCUAUAUGCGGGACAAAAGCUCAAUAAUUAUGACUGGCACUCCGUCAGAGUGGUCCGACGCGGUAAAAACUUCAAACUGACAGUCGACGAAGACAUGGCUGAAGGCCAGAUGGCAGGUGACCACACUCGCCUGGAGUUCCACAAUGUGGAGACAGGGAUUCUGACAGAGAGACGUUUCGUCUCCUCUCCGCCCCCCCCUUUCGUUGGACACCUGCAGGGCCUGAAGUUCAACGGCAUGUUCUACAUUGACAUGUGUAAGAACGGCGACAUCGACUUCUGCGAGCUCAACGCCCGCUUCGGCAUGCGCUUCAUCAUCGCCGACCCGGUGACCUUCAAGUCCAAGGGCAGCUACCUGGGGCUGGCCACCUUGCAGGCCUACACCACCAUGCACCUGUUCUUCCAGUUUAAAACCACCUCCCCGGACGGCUUCAUACUGUUCAACAGCGGCGACGGAAACGACUUUAUCGCUGUUGAGCUGGUCAAAGGGUUUGUCCACUAUGUGUUCGACCUGGGGAACGGUCCCAGUCUGUUGAAGGGGAACAGUGACAGUGCCCUGAAUGACAACCUGUGGCACAACGUAGUUAUCACCAGGGACGCCACCAACACACACACCCUCAAGGUGGACGCCAAGUCCGUCACGCAGAACGUCAACGGAGCCAAGAACCUCGACCUCAAAGGGGAUCUGUUUGUGGCAGGGCUGGGGCCUAACAUGUACCAGAACCUUCCUAAACUGGUGGUCUCUAGGGAAGGUUUCCAGGGUUGUCUGGCGUCUGUAGAUCUGAACGGCCGCCUGCCUGACCUCAUCAACGACGCCCUGUUCCGCUCCGGACAGAUCGAACGCGGAUGUGAAGUUGGUUUCACCAAAGCCGACCUGCAAGGACCCAGCACUACCUGUCAGGAGGACUCCUGUGCCAACAUGGGCGUUUGUAUUCAGCAGUGGGAGAACUUCACCUGCGACUGCACCAUGACAUCUUACACAGGGACGCAGUGCAACGACCCUGGUACCACCUAUAUCUUCGGUAAGGGCGGGGGUCUGAUCACGUACACGUGGCCUAACAACGAGAGGCCCAGCACGCGUACCGACCGCCUGGCUGUGGGCUUCAGCACCACCAUCAAGGACGGCAUCCUGGUCCGCAUCGACAGCGCGCCACGACUCGGUGACUACAUCAUGCUACACAUCACGGAAGGCAAGGUGGGCGUGACCUUCAACAUUGGUACGUCAGACAUCAGUGUGAAGGAGGUAACCAUGACGAUCAACGACGGGAAGUACCACCUGGUGCGCUUCACCAGGAAUGGGGGCAACGCCACUCUGCAGGUGGACAACUGGCCAAUCAACGAACACUUCCCCACAGGCCGGCAGCUCACCAUCUUCAACACCCAGGCUACCAUCUCUAUAGGCGGUAAUGACCGUAAACGUCCCUACCAGGGACAGCUGUCCGGUCUCUACUACAACGGCCUCAAGGUCCUCAACAUGGCUGCCGAAGGCCACGCCAACAUCAAGGUGAACGGGAGCGUGCGAUUGGUGGGGGAUGUACCCACCAGUAGGGGCGCUGCCCGCACCACCACCUCCGUGCCACCUGAGAUGUCCACCACCUUCAUAGAGACCACCACCACUUUGUCUACGACCACCACGAGGAAACAGCGCUCUCCACCCACCAUUCAGCAGACGACAGAUGACAUAGUAUCGUCGGCAGAGUGUUCCAGCGACGACGAGGAUCUGGAGGAGUGUGAUUCCGGACACGCAGGGGAGUUAGUCAUCCCCGUACUUGUAGAGGAUCCCAUAGACAUCCCUCCUGUCUCCACCCAUUCUCCUUUCAUCCCCCUCCCGCCAACCCUCCGCCCCGUCCUCACCAUUAUCGAGGCCACCAAAGAGUCCCUGCCCAUGGCCACUGAGGCGGGGGUACCUUGCUUGUCGGACCGAGGCAGCGAUGAUUGUGAUGAUGGUCUUGAUGGUGGUGGUGGUGAUGAUGAUGAUGAUGAUGAUGCAAUGGUGAUAUCGGGGUUUGGCUCUGGCGAAGCUUUCGACUCUAGCCUGCCCCCCACUGACGAUGAAGAUUUUUACACCACCUUCUCCCUGGUAACAGAUAAGAUCUUGACCACGUCGGCCUAUGAAGGUGGCUACAAAGCUCUCGCGCCCAAGUGGGAGGCCAAGGACUUGAGGCCUAGCAAAGCCUCAGAGGCGGGUAGGACUACACCCACCCCGCCUCUACCCAACCUCGGGGGCACUGUAGCGGAGGCAUCCCUCCCCUCGGACGGCACGCCGCCCAAACUGCCCGCCGGGAAAAUGGACAACCGCGAGGUGAUCAAACCCCUACAGCCAGACAUUGUCCUGCUGCCUCUACCGACCACGUCCUUCGACCUGGACGGCACCAAGCCCCGCGGGCCUCUCAUCACCUCGCCCAUGCUACGCACGGUGCCUGCCACGUUACCCACCGUACCCGUCGUAAGACGGGUACCCCCUGGGGCCUCGGAGGUGAUACGAGAAUCCAGCAGCACAACAGGCAUGGUGGUGGGCAUCGUCUCGGCCGCAGCACUCUGCAUCCUCAUCCUCCUCUACGCCAUGUACAAGUACAGGAACAGAGACGAAGGCUCCUACCAGGUAGACGAGACACGGAAUUACAUCAGCAACUCGGCACAGACCAACGGCGCCGUGGUGAAAGAUAAAACGCCCAGCGGGGGCAGUGGUGCCAAGGGAGCCAGCAGCAAGAGACCGAAAGACAAGGACAAGGAAUACUAUGUAUAGAAAAAAAUCAACCAUUCCCGAAUGCAAACAAAAAAAUAUUAAAAAACUGUUUGGAGAAAAUAGGAAUAAACACUUGACAGUACCAUAUUGGGAGCUGGAAUUCAAAAAGGAAUACAAAAUCUGCUCAUGAGAACUCAAAGUGAAUGAGUCCAAGUUUAAACAUUUUCAAAUGUACUGUGACCUAAAAGCACACUAUGGUAAGCAUACAGAGAAACAGGCUGAUAGGGACACUACUAUAAGAGACCUUGUUGUGACGAGAUGACGGAGCUCUGUCCGGAGUCGUUGCCAGAGGUUUGGCAGUGUAAGAUACUGUUACUUCGCUAUCCCUCCCAAGUGACUGUCAGAGAUGUGUGAUCCUUGGCGUAAACAACCUUGUCCAUUGUAAACCUGUAAAAUAACAAAACAAACCAUUAUUUCGGCCAUUCUGAGCAUGCAUGUGAGAUGUAUGUGACGUGGUGCUGGCAUCUGUGUGAGGGACCUGAAGAUAAGAACGAAUGGUCAGUUAAAGAUAAAGUUUGAAAGACAAAACAUGAUUAGCAUAAAACAUUUCCAUUUCUAUGCCUAGCAUUGAUAUGAGGGAAGGUAUGUGUCUGGUGGCUAAGGUGUAUUUCUUCCACCCUAUGUUUUUUGAGGGAUGAAAGACAUUGUCAGGGCUGACCAGUCGAUGCUUAAUAAUGAAUGGUAGUGCAGUAAUGUAUCUAAAUUGUUUUAAACCUUUUUUCCCCCCACCGGUCUCAAAUAAGGAUUUGAAAUCGACAGUAUGCACGACAUCCACAAUCAAGAGGGUAUUCAACCAUACUAGAGUGGAUGCAGCAGGCAAAAUGCUAUGUUUAUUUUAUAAUAUACUUUACAGAACAUUAGAUCCCAGAUAGCAUUUUUAUUUCAAUUUAUUUUGUUUUCCAUAGAACACUGAUUCAGUUAUUUGUUCCGUUCUGUUUGUCCCAUUUCUCAGUGUGUGGAGGUUUAUUCAACGUCGUGAUGUCGGAGAGAUUUUUGGUACAAUAUUGAAAACAAUGUGGCUAACGAAGACUUAAAAUUUGCAUUUUUUUCUGUUGUCACAGUCAACUGUGUCAAAACAACAACUAUGUUUACAUAUGUUAUUGCAUCAUAGCCGUCGUCCUUUGCAGGUCAAUAUUGUACAUAACGUUUGUAUUGUACAGACAGAUCAUUUGAGCUGAUUUAUUUUCUCGGUGUACUACAAUACAUUACAAAAAAUCUAACCUUUUUUGGAUGUUGAGAAAGUGAUCAUUGGAGAAAGACUGGAGAAAGUGAUGCUGUACUUGGAUUUUGUUUGUAAGGAGAGAAGGAACAUGUUGAUAAGUUAGAAAAUCUAGUAUUUUUGGAUGAUGUUUCUAAAAACGCAUGAAUAUUUGACCAAUGGGAGAAGUCACUCGAUAUUGUACUAGGGCCUCCUGAUUUUGGAUUAUGUUGAUUGCUUACUUGUUUUUUUGUUUUUUUUUACAUAAAAACAGUGAAGAGAAACCUAAUAAUAAAGAAAGAAUCUGGUGGAGCUUUGAGACCCAGUACUGGCACCUUACUAAGAUACAGGAUUAUGUUGUUUUUACUGUGAUGUCUAUGUUCCUUCCUUUCGGUUGUUGCUGUUCUUUUAUGUUUAUGUUUCUUAUUGUGCAGUUUUCAUUUCAAUUCCUAGCAUUUUUAUGACAGUUUGGGCUGGCAGCACAUUUUUAUGUAUUUAUUUAUUACUUAAUAUAUUUGAUUGUGUCCUGUUCAGUUCGCAUUCUAAGCUAAUCUCAAGUCGUUGUGCACAUUCAUUUGGAUUUUGUGUUGUUAUUGCUGCUUUUCAACCCAUUAAUAAAUCCCAGCAAUAAAAUGUU